AUGGGGGCCACGAACCCCAUCCCCGGGCCCAUCCAGGCCGAGACGCAGAUUCCCUCUGUGGAUCCUGCUCACGACCCCAACAUCGUCACCGAGAAGAUCCGUCACUCUGAGCAGAUUGACGAUCUCAAGAGCGAGCUCAGCGAUGGCGACCAGAUCACGGAUCUCUUCAGCCCGUUUCCCGAGGUCAAGGGCAUCGAGCCUGAGGAGAACCCCUUCACCAUCCGUGCCGUUCUGACGGGUAUCAUCCUCGGUUCUCUCGUCAAUGCCUCGAACGUGUACCUCGGUCUGAAGACCGGUUUCUCGUUCACCGCCACCAUGUUCGGUGCCAUCUUCGGUUAUGCCAUCGUUCAAGUCCUAGCCAAGACGGUCCCGCACAUGCCCAUCCUCGGAGGCCGUUUCGGUCCCCAGGAGAACUCCAUCAUUCAAGCAUCUGCCACCGGUGCCGGUGGCAUGUCCGGUCUCUUCGUCGCGGCUCUCCCGGCCAUGUACCAGCUCAACCUCAUGUCCGACAACCCCCGUGAGGACUUUGGCCGCAUCUUGACCAUCACUGUCGUCUGCGCCUUCUUUGGCCUUUUCGCUGCGGUUCCUCUUCGCAAGUUCUUCGUCAUCAACGUUGCUCGCGAGUUGAACCUUGUUUUCCCCACACCAACUGCGACUGCCCUGACUAUUCGUUCCAUGCACGCCGUCGGCAGCGGUGCUGCGGACGCUGUCAAGAAGAUCAAGACCCUCGGAUACACCUUCGUGGGUGCUCUGGUUCACAUUGUCGUGUCCCAGUACGCGGAUGGAAUCCUCCACAACUGGCACAUCUUCACCUGGUUCUACAUCUGGAGCGGCUACAAGAACUGGGCCAUGAACAUCGAGAACUGGGGCUGGUACAUCCAGAUCACCCCCGCCUUCUUCGGCUCCGGCAUGCUCGUCGGUCUGAACGCCGCCUGGUCCUGGUGGGGAGGAACUUUCUUCGCCUGGGGCUUCGUCGGCCCUCUCUUGGUCAAGUACGGCGAGGCCGUCGGUGUUGCCCGAGCUCCGGACGACCCCAAGUGGCACGACAGAGUCGCCUUCAACGGCAUGACUAUCAGCGAUGAGCCUGACUGGGUUCCUUCUCCCCGCUACUGGUUCUUGUGGCCCGGCGUCAUGGUUUUGGUGUGCUACUCCAUGGCUGAGUUCGUCCUCCACAUUGGUGUCAUCCUCGACGGUGCCAAGUUUGCCUUCCGUUCCGGUGCGAGAAGCAUCAACAACCGCCUCCAAGCCAAGGGAAAGUCGAACGAAUUCCUUGCCAAGCAUGCUGCUAAGGCUGAUGCUGCCGAUGGUCUUGUUGAGGACUUUGCUCCUCCCAGCCAGCAAGUCCCAGCCUGGGUUUGGGCUACUGGUACCCUUGUCUUUGUCGUUGUGGCCUGCAUUGUCUGCCACAUUCAGUUCCACAUGAACGCUGGCCUCGCCAUCCUUGCCUGUAUCUUGGGUCUUCUCUUUGCCUUCCUUAGCAUUCACGGAGGUGCCGUCACCGACUGCACUCCUUUGACUGCUUCUGCCAAGGCCUCUCAGCUGGUUUUCGGCGGUGUCACAAAGGGACAAGGACUUGAGAUGCACAAUGCACAGCGCAUCAACCUCAUUGCUGGUGGUAUUGCCUCUGGCACUGCGGACGUGGCUACUGCUCUUGUCAGCGACUUCCGUGUUGGUUUCCUUCUUCGCACCCCGCCCCACUUGCAGUUUUACGCACAGGCCAUCGGUGCACUCGUUAGCGUGUUCUUAGCGCCAGGAGUGUUCGUACUGUUCAUGGCUGCGUACCCAUGCAUCUGGCAUGAACUUGACGCAACAGAAGAAUGCGCGUUUCUUGCGCCUUCGGUAACGGCUUGGCGCGCUGUAGCGGAAGCUGUGACCCUUCCUCAACUUCCUAUUACUCGUUCUUGUGGCAUUUUCACGAUCGUGAUGGGUGUGGUGUGUGUCCUGCAAGCCGCCCUCAAGAACUUCUACCUUGUGGGCAACCGCACCAAGUACAGGGACUACCUUCCCAACUGGAUGUCCAUCGGUGUUGCCUGGGUUCUGGGACCCGAUUCUGGCUAUGCCAAUGCCAUUAUGUUCGGAGCUAUCACUGCUUGGUGGUGGCGCAAGUAUUUCCCCAAGAACUUCGAAACUCACUGCUUCGCGGCUGCCGCAGGUCUGAUUGCCGGAGAAGGCUUCGGUGGUGUGAUCAACGCCGCGUUGGAGCUUGGUGGUGCCUCGGGCGCAUUUUACGGCACUGAGAUCGCAAUCCCCGGUGGAACAUGGUAA